CAGCAUAGACAUAAAUCUAGAUUGGGUCAACUGUAUGUCAAAUUUAGGUUUCAAGCAAUGGUUUCAAGUAACAGAGCUAUUUUUAAUCCUAUGGUUACUGAAGGAGAGGAAGGCGAUUAUUGUCAUAAAUGGGCGGGGUAAAUUAGCUGCAUGUGCGUUCACUGCACGUUUUUCCUGUCAUUGGGACUGUUGUGGCGGUCAGGAUGAUGAAGCUCUGACACAUCCGCUUCGAGGAUCAUCCCCAUGCCUAAUCUGCAGCUCGCAAGACUUGUCUGCGUAAGGGCGAGGUUGAAACAUCUGACCAUUCUCCUUGCUGAUGCACAGCAACCCUUUCCCUCUAUGCGGAUAAGCACUUUGCGUGUACCUGUAUAUGAUGACCCUCAAGAAGACCUGUACAAGUAUUUUGACCGCUGUGCUGAUGCCAUAGCCAGUGAGGCAGAACGGGGAGGGACUGUUGUGUACUGCAAGAAUGGACGCAGUCGCUCAGCUACUGUCUGUGUGGCCUAUUUAAUGAAGCACCAGGGUCUCACCUUGACAGAUGCCUUCCAGGUAGUAAAAAGUGCCCGAUCAGUAGUUGCGCCUAACCCAGGAUUCUGGACUCCGCUGGAGCGAAAUUAACAGGAGCUGAAGAUCAGGAGGUCGGCCAGCCACAGAUCUAACCUCUCUCCACUUUAACUUCAUACCAACAUUUCCUGAUAUGACAUUCUCAAACUUCAGGGCUUUAUAAUAAGUCUUUAGUCAUGUCGCUCUUCAAGCUUGCUGCAAACAAUGAAUACCUUAUAAUAACGAUAUGUGCCUUAAAUGAUUAUAAAAAUGUGAUAAUACUACUAUAUUUUAAAAU